AUGCCGCCGAAGGGAUGGAGGAAGGACUCACAGGGAAACUACCCGACGACGUCGUACAUCAAGGAGCAGGAGAACGUGAAAGUGGAGGACCUGCUGUUCCCGCGGAGCACUGUGUUGCAACUGGCCAAACAGUGUGAGCCCGAAGGUGGUCCGAGACUCGUUGUUGCGCGGGACGCAGGACUCGCGUUGCAGCGGUCCGCCACAGUGUUUGUGAACCAUUUGCUCAUGUUUGCCCGGGAGGCCGCCGCGGAGCAGGAUCGUCGGACAUGUUCAGUGGACGACGUGCUGCAGGCGCUCGAAAGGGCGGGGCACCCGCAGCUGCGUCCACUGCUACAACUGAGGAUGCAAAAGUGGACAGAAAGUGCGGCUGCGUCUGCUGCACCUGAAAGACCCGUCACUGCAGGUACAGUGAUUGCAGAGAGCAUCCCCGAGGGCAUCACCGAAGCCGAGACACCAUCUACACUUGCGUCUGGCAACGCAGGGACCCUUGCAGACACUGCAGCGGUCCCCGCAGAGGACUCCCCCUGCCACAGCCACUACCCCUCCGUGUCGUAUAUAAACAGAUUGCGUUUAAAGUAA